GAGAAAGAUAAACAGGAAACGGAGAAAAGGGCCUCCGGAUCUUAUUACGUCAGCAGGCAGGUCUUGUUGAUUUCUUGAUAGGCCCCAGUCCUUGGGAAAUCCCUUGGAGGGAAAAAAGGUUGCAGAAGACAUCGGAGAAUGAGGCUGAUUAGGGUGCCGGGACAGGGUCGGAAAGGGAACAGUGCUGUGGAUAAUAACUACGGAGUUAAUUAUGGUGCUUACGGAAACUGAGAUGAGUAGCCUCAAGGAGGAUAUUCUCCGGUUUAAGGAGCGGUUGGAGAUGGAGAAAAACCACCAACAGUACGGUGCCUCUCUAUCGGUGGCGCCAGUGGCCAACCCGAGGUCCAACCGGGGGUCAAAGAUGGAUCCGACAUCUGACACGGUGAACAGAAACAUGAUAUCCUCGUGCAGAUACAACUACAAGCUUUCCUCGGUGGAUGUUUACAACAACGAGGAGAAGAGGUACGAGUCCAGACUGGUGUACGUGAACAAGGAAGUAGAUGCAGACCUCGAGGAGAAAAUACGGCAACAGGUGGAAGAGGAGUUUGCAUCUGACGAUGAGUGUGUUCCGGAGAGAGAUACGCUCGUCGACGAGUGCGAGGAUUCAUACGUUACAAGACCCAACGACAUCUUCAGCACAAUACGGUUGGAUCAAUUGCUGAGACCGAUAACAAAGCCCUCAGAUGUCGUCACAAUCAAGUCUAUCAAGAGCAUAUACAAAGAACGGUAUUUGGAUAAACUUUCGAACGAAACGAUAUCGAUCAUAGAAAAAGAACAGGAGAACGUGAACUUGUUGAACCAGAUCAUGAACAUCUUUUUACUAGACGACCCGGAGCACAUCCAGGCCGACAACUUAGGGUUGGCGGAAUACAACCAUCACCUUGACUUGGAUAAGGAAGAGGAAGAUGAAGCCAGCAUGAGCCACGAUUUGCAAGAACUUCACCCGGAAAACGAUCCUUUUUUCAUGCCUCCCGUCUACGAAUCUGACUCUCAGUUCAACGGCAUAGACCAAGAAGAGAUAGAUGAAACCCGGCAACUGAUACAAAUAGCAUUACAACGGAACGAGGAGUUUGUUAGGUCCCUGUUGCAAAUUCGACUUGGGUUUUUACAUGCCGACAACUACAGAGAACAGGUGCACAGCUGGUGCAAGGAAAUGCAUGAAAAUGAGGUGGCGGAGUCGCAAAAGAGCACAAAUAAUAAUAACGAUUAGAUUCUGGGCGUCGCAUUAGCAAUUUUUUGUACUAUAAUCCUGUUUCAACC